CCUCCCUUCCUUUUAAGUGAUCGCGGCUCUGACUGACAGUGUUGAUUACGAUACAAACACCAAAUGCAUCAUUCGCAUUAUAUUUAAAGAAAGAUCAUUUCUAUCAAGAUGGCGGCUUACAAGAUCUUCCAAAAGACAGACAACAUUUUAAGCAGAAUACGUUUUCCACUAAGCAACGCCAACAUCAGCAUCGCCGGUAAUAUUUGGAGUAAGAGCUGUGGCUGUCACUUUUCAACCUCAAGCACCAGGAAAGCCAAAUUCUACACAGAACCAACUGAAGCUGUUAAGGAUAUCCCCAGUGGAGCCACUGUACUUGUUGGAGGGUUUGGUUUGUGUGGUAUCCCUGAGAAUCUGAUUAACAGUUUACUGAAGACAGGAGUGAAGGGAUUAACAGCAGUCAGUAACAAUGCUGGAGUUGAUAACUUCGGGCUGGGACUGCUCCUCCAAACCAAGCAGAUAAAGCGCAUGAUUUCUUCAUACGUGGGAGAGAACGUUGAGUUUGAGCGGCAGUACCUGUCAGGAGAGCUGGAGGUGGAGCUGACUCCUCAGGGCACGCUGGCAGAGAGGAUUCGAGCUGGGGGGGCUGGAGUGCCAGCUUUCUUCACUGCCACAGGCUACGGCACGCUGAUUCAGGAGGGGGGCUCGCCCAUCAAGUAUAACAAAGAUGGCAGCGUAGCCAUUGAAAGUGAGCAGAAAGAGGUCCGUGAAUUCAAUGGGCGUCACUUCGUUAUGGAGAAGGCCAUCACUGGGGAUUUUGCACUGGUUAAGGCGUGGAAAGCAGACCGAGCUGGGAAUGUAAUAUUCAGGAAAACAGCAAGAAAUUUUAACCAGCCCAUGUGCAAGGCAGCUAAAGUAACAAUAGUAGAGGUUGAAGAAAUUGUUGAUGUAGGUACAUUCGCAGCAGAGGACAUUCACAUCCCCAGCAUUUAUAUUCAUAGGAUUGUAAAGGGAGGCAGCUUUGAAAAGAGAAUAGAAAAGCGCACCGUUAAAAAGCCAGAAGCAGCGACGCAAAAACCCAAAAAGGAGUCUGAUCUUGUGAGGGAGAGGAUCAUCCGCAGGGCAGCGCUGGAGUUUGAGAAUGGCAUGUAUGCUAACCUGGGCAUUGGCAUCCCGAUGUUGGCCAGCAAUUUCAUCAAACACAAUAUAACAGUCCAUCUGCAGAGCGAGAACGGCAUUCUGGGAUUGGGUCCUUACCCAAAUGAAUCUGAAGUAGAUGCUGAUCUGAUCAAUGCUGGUAAGGAGACGGUCACAGUGCUUCCAGGUGCUUCCUACUUCUCCAGCGAUGAGUCAUUUGCCAUGAUUCGAGGGGGCCACAUCAACUUGACGAUGCUGGGAGCGAUGCAAGUUUCCAAGAAUGGAGAUUUGGCUAACUGGAUGAUUCCUGGUAAGAUGGUGAAGGGGAUGGGUGGUGCUAUGGACCUGGUCGCCAGUGCAGGAACCAAAGUGGUCGUUACCAUGGAACACUCAGCCAAGGGCGGUGGACACAAAAUCUUGGAGAAAUGCAACUUGCCAUUGACGGGGAAGCAGUGUGUUGACCGGAUCAUCACAGAAAAGGCUGUGUUUGAUGUAGACAAGGACAAAGGACUCACCCUCAUUGAAUUAUGGGAAGGACUGACAGUGGAGGAUGUCAAGAACUGCACCGGCACAGACUUCACAGUCUCUCCCAACCUCAAACCAAUGCAGCAGAUUUCAGACUAAUCAGGCAAACCAAGAAAACAAGACCAAAAAGCCUUAAAAUCUAUACAAAAACCACGCAACAGAAAGGAAAUGUUUCCCUUAAUAUGAAACAUACUAUUUUAAAAUCGUGACACUUCUAAAAGGUUGUUUUUUAAGGCUUUAGGCAGACGUGAAAUGGACCACUGAAAGGUCGUAAAUUACACAGAACUAAAGUGUUUCUGUUUGUUAGUUUUGUGUGAAGUACAGUUAGGAAGAUUUGAAAUGGAAAAAUAAAUGUCAGUGUCUUGCUAUUUCACUCAGAAAUCCAAACAGUGCUCUCUCUAAUUGAGUUGAUUUAUUAUUUGUAUUUAUGUUUGUUCAUUUUCAAAGCUCUUCGUAUUUAAUGAACCAAUAACCGCAACCUUCAAUGCAAAAAUCUUUGAAUAUGGUACGAGGCCUUAUACUGAUUAAAUCUGUAUCUCUCUACCUUUUCUGUAUAUACCAUUGUACAAUAAAGUGCUACCCGUAUGUAACAA